AUGGCCCUUUUGGUCCUGAAGGCGGCAGCGAGCACGGCGUAUGCCGGCGCCGGCGGCAUCGUGCCUGCCGCGGGUGGGGACGAGGCAGAGUCCACUCACUCGCCCCCUCCGCCGGUAAGGCGGCGGCGCGCCGCCGCGCCCGACCACUCCCCGCUGGCCGCCUCCUCCCGAGCUCCUCCAAUGGCCGGAAUGCCUCCUGCUGGCGCCGAUCCGUGCAUUUCCCCAACGGAGGCAUUGGCACAGCGGGCACAGCGGCUCCCGGCCACCCUCCUCUUCCCCGCCCAGCCCUUCGCGGCCCCGUCCACGGCCCACGACGCCGGCCUCCGCGCCCUGGACCUCCUCCACUUCGUCCGCCUCGACCUCUCCGCCUCGGGCGCCCCGCGGCCCGACCUCGUCGCCGAGCUGAUCGCCAACUACCGAUGCAAGCCCGGCUCCGACCGCGGAUGGGGCUCCGUCCGUGGCAAACGAAUCGAGGUCUCCUCCGAAGCGCUCGCCAUUGCGCUCUGCCUCCCGGUGGGAAGAGCUACUACGAGCCGUAGCGCGGCCGCCGACCCCGCCGUCGUGGCCUCCGCCGCCCAAGAGUUCGCAAAGGUUUACAUCUUGCAGAGGGGCGUCAAGGAUGCAGCUUUGAGGGCUGUGGAGGAGGGCAGGGCGCAUGAUAUCGACUGGACAGGGCUGAUCUGGCGCCAAGUCAAGGUGGAGAUCAAGGUCUUCAUGGCCAAUCAGAGCGCCGACAGGGUGUGCUACCACGGCGCGCAUCUGCAGAGGCUCAUCUGGGUCCAGAGGCCGGAGCUCUUCCGGCGGCCACUGGAGGAGCGAAGAAGUAACCACCGAUCACUUGUGGGUGACAUGCAGAGGCCGACACUCUUCCAACUGCGCCCACAGCAACAGGAGGAACGAGGUAUCAAACGAGCAGCUGCCAAUGAGAACCAAAAGUGUUGCUUGGAGUUCAACAUGCAGGAGGAUACACCAAGACCCCAGCAGAUUAACCUGGCAUCCAAGAAGUAUGAUGCGGCAUCUAAGAAUUUCGAUGCGGCAUCUGAGAGGUUCAUUGUGGCAUCUAGGAAUUUCUUUCCUGCGUCUAUGAUGACCGAUGCUAGAUCCAAGAAGAUUGAUAUGGCAGCCGAGGGGUUCGAUGCGGCAUCCGAGAAGCUUGAUAUGGCAAGUAAGAUGAUGGAUGCGGUGUCUAGGAUGAUCGAAGCCACAUCCAGGCAGCUUGACGCGAGAGGAAAACAGAUUGGCGAGCAAAAGGGCAAGCUUGACGCGAGAGCAAAACAUCUGGGCGAGAAAGAGGGCAAGCUUGACGCGAGAGCAAAACAUCUUGGCGAGCAAGAGGGCAGGCUUGACGCGAGAGCGAAACAGCUUGAAGAGCAAGAGACCAAGCUUGGCGCGAGAGCAAAACAGCUUGGAGAGCAAGAGGGCAAGCUUGACGCGAGAGCAAAACAGCUCGGAGAGCAAGAGGGGAAGCUUGACGCGAUAACGAAACAGCUUGGCAAGCAAGUGGACGAGGUUGACGCAACAGCAGAACAGCUUGGUGAGCAAGAGGGCGACAUGCAAGCAAUGGAGUUGCUCAACAGCGCAUUGGUUACAAAGGAAAGAGAAAGCAACGACGAGUUGCAAUGUGCUCGGAAGAUGCUCAUAGAGGCUUUGCAGAAGUUUACAAAUGGUCGGUCUCAUAUAGGUGUCAAAAGAAUGGGCGAGCUUGACCCUAGAGUGUUUGCGAAAGCUUGUACAUCAAAUGUACACCAUGAGGAUGCCCAAUUGAACUCCGCUGUUCUUUGUUCGAAAUGGCAAGCAGAAAUUACAAACUCGAAGUGGCAUCCUUUUAGGAUAAUCACGGUGGAUGGUGAACCAAUGGAAAUUCUCUUGGAGGACGACAAGAAGCUCUGUGAAUUGAAGGAACAGCAAGGUGAGGAGAUCUACGGCUUGGUGACAAAGGCUCUGCUUGAAAUCAACGAGUACAACCCCAGCGGACGUUACGUUGAACCGGUGCUGUGGAACUAUAAGGAAAGCCGGAAAGCGACGCUGCAGGAAGCCAUCCUGUUCGUCCUGAAACAGUGGCAGUCACACAAGAGGAAGCGCUAGAGCAGGCUGGGGUGUGUCCUGCUUUUGUUUUUCAUGAACUUGAUUUUGUUAUUGUAGCGGCAAUGGAUCAGUUCAGAGGUCU